AUGCCGUCUUUCAAUCCUCUGGAUUUCUUCUGCUGCCGCAAAUCGCGAUGGCGUGGGUCUGGCAGCCCAGCACUAGCUACACAAGACACAACAGCUCUUCAGCCUGUACCAUCACUCAACCCACGACUUGAAGAACAGCAAGAAGAACCCGAACCAACGUGCCAGAACACCCCCAUGGGGUUAUCUGAUAUGGUGUGGGCGGUACCGGAGUACCAGAGCUCUUUCGAAAGCGACUCUGUCACAAAUCAACACAUUGAAUCCGACUCUGAUUCCUUCAUUUCAGAUCGGGAUCUCCCACGCUCGACAAAGCCAGGCACUGCAUUUGGUGCUGUACGCAAAAAACUUAUCCGGAGCAUCUCACACAAUAACAGUAGUGACCAGCCGUCACGUAUCUCUGUUGGCAACAGUGAAGAAGAAGUUGCAAGAAGAGCCGAAUUAAGGCGGAUUAUGCGCCUAAGAAUUCGAGAUCAGCUCGAGUCAGACGAGGCUGAAGAUCAAUUAGAAAGCAAACCAACAGUUAGUAUUCUGCGUGUAGCUUCCUCUGCCGACAGUUCUCCGCCAGUUUCGGGACCUCGAGAUGCUAUUGAGUUUGGUGUCAACAAUUCUUCCUCCAGUAAUGGGCAACCCGCUCGACUUGAUCAAGAAAGGCGCGACUAUGGCCCCCCUGAAGAUUUUGGAGGACCCCGAAAGGGUUCUAAUGCCCUGGAGAGAGCUUCUUCAGAGCAGCUUGAUGUGGUAGGUAGAAAUGAUGACUCAAGUGAAGAUGCUGCUAUUCAAAGACCCUCGCCCAUACACCCCUCGACGCGCAUCUCAUUGGCUGAUGACCUCGGCCUCUCCUCCUCCCAAAAAUCUUUCCAGCUUUCCAAUAGUUCUGGGCGUCUUCAUCGAAUAUUGGGACCAGACAGCAGUUUCAACAAUCGCCAAGCUUCUUCCGGAGAUGGCCAGUCUGCACUUGGUGUUUGGCUCAUAGCCCAGGGUCUCCGCUCACGAGAUAACUCAGCCAUUUUCUUUGACGAAGACGAAGACGCGCAAACCAGAAACGCAAAUGGAAAAGCCGCAUACAGCUCUCCUGUCGUGGGAACCCAGGCGACGCCUGAGACAAGGGAUUGCCAUCAACAAGGAUCAGCUUUUAUCAACCCGCCUAGGAAACUAGAUCCUCAGUGUCAGCUCGAAUCCAGUAUUCAAAACGAUUUUGACGAUAACCUGGCCUUCUCUGGAGAGAUACCAUGGGGCUCGACUGUAAGAGCACUUCUAAAUUCGUUCACAGAUAACACUUCGUCAAGUGAUCCGUCAAAAUCUCCACCAAGUCCAAGAGUAUGGAGUUAUCCCCUUUCAGAUACUCGCUCUCACGGAGUUAUCAGCAAUGUCCAGUCUGAAGCAGAUGCAGCUUCCAUGGUUCAAUCAGAGUCUGCCAGCUUUGUUCAGCGCGAAGCCGAGCUAAGGACAAUCAAAAGACGAUUCAGCGAGGCAUUGACCCAAAAGAACCCCGAAAAAACAGUGUUCACACGUUUCCGUGAGGAUUUCUCGCACUCAGGUGCUCGAUCGCCGGUCAAGAAACCCUCCACAAGCAAUAUCUGCCUAGCAAUUCCAACGAGUCAUUUUAGAGCCAAGUCUGAAGGCUCCCUGUACUGGCAUGGUAAAGACCAUCGGGAUGCCCCUCGAGCACAAAAGUUUCUUCUGGUACCCGCAGAAAGGACAAAGGUUCACGAAAAGGGAACCAGUGACAAAUCAACGAGACGUUCGAACAUGAGCAUUCGUCCAUACAUGAGCAGACUACCUACAGAGGAGUAUAGAAAGCCGAGUUUGGAACGUCAAGAAAGCGCAACGGAUUUAUGGCAGCGCGCUGUUAGACUUGAAGCCGAAAGCAGGCAUAGCAGCAGCUUUUUGAACACACCAAAUCAUGAUCAGAGAAGCCUUUCCUCUAACAGAUCACUAAAGAGAACAGGCGCUGCUCGGAAUAGCAACAAUAGCAUCUGUGAUGUGAGACGAGAAAUCUCACAGCUAACACCUUCCACAAAUGAACGAUCUUCUCUAAAUAACUCGAAGUGGCUUAUCGAACGUUGGGUUUCCCAAAUGCGACCAAGAUCGAAUCACCCGACAGAGUCAGCCACAAGUGUAGGGCUGGUAGGUCCCCCAAGAUCCUGGUCCAAAUUCCCCUCCUUCAAUAGGGAGGAAAGAAACAGGAACAUAACAUCCAGAGACAAGGUACGGCCUCGGGAUUUCGCUGUCAAGCAUGUCACUUCGGAAGGUCAGAUUAGGUGGGCAACAGAUACGGGUUCUGGGAGAGAUGACCAGCAUGCUCACACGCUACCUCGUUCUCUAUCUACAAGAUUCGGUGGAUUGGUCAAGUCCAAGAUGAAUCGAAUGAUGCCGUCGAAAGCUUUACGACACCGAGUGAGUCAGGUAUUUAUCUCGAGGUCUGUGACCUCGAGCCCACCACACAUGGAAUAUCCUGAAAUGGGCAUCCGGCCCACCGAAUCAGGGUAUACUGAAAUCCAGGCAAUGGGCAGAGAAAUCAAUUAUAUGAAGGGCCGGGCACAUCUACAGACUCCCGAAAGAGACCUUUCGAAGCCACAUUCUUCUAGAAGCCUGGGGGAUAGAGUAGUUGCACUUAUGCAUGAUGCUAUUGGACAGAGACAUUCAAAACAUGAUGAGCCUCUCCAGUCAGUCGACAUUCCUAUGGUACCAUUUACGCCAAGUUUAGCUAGACAAAGCAUCGCUGCCACCACGACAGAUUUUUUCGUCACGCCCAAGAGCCACCUUUCGGACGAUGGAGAGAGUGACGAAGAAAAGAACGAAGGAGAAGGAAGUUCCGCGACGAGAGAACGGGAAACCUGCCAGGUGAUCCUCCACAGUGAUAGGACAUUGCCAAAGCCACUAUUCGCAGCUUCCAUCACGAAAUUUGACAACAGAACUCAUUCUUCACCUGAAAAUAAGACUCCAGGCUAA